CCACGCCCCCCAUAUUUCCCAUGGUCCAUUGCGUGCAGACGACAACACAGCCUCAGCCAUGUCGUACACUUCUGUGGACUUCGAAGUUCACGGCCGAGUUCAAGGCGUCUGCUUUCGAAUGUAUACAGAGGAUGAGGCCCGUAAGCUGGGUGUGGUUGGUUGGGUGAGGAACACCCGCCAGGGUACUGUGGACGGACAGGUACAAGGGCCUACUGAUAAAGUCCGACAGAUGAAGCAAUGGCUGCAGCACGAGGGAAGUCCCUCCAGUAUUAUUGACUACGCCACUUUCAGGAAUGAGAAGACGAUCAGCAAGCCUACCCAGAAGGGGUUCUUCACCAGAUACUGACUGUUCUGUGCAGGUGUCUGACAAAGCAGGAGUGGUUAGCCAAGAAAGGGAGUCCAUCCUCACAUAUUACAAAAUGCAACUUCAAGAACGAGAGACAAGUGAGACAGCUGGACUUUGGAGAUUUUAGAACCAAAUACUGACUUUGUGAACUACUGAAACCCCAUUCAAGGCCUCUGGAGAUUUGUUUGGUUUGUCAUUGUUGCAUGGACUAAGGAAAGCAACCAAAUUACCUUGGUAGUUAAUUGGACUGUUUCUUGUUGCAUUUGAUUGAACAUGACAUACAAUGUAUUUAUUUUAAUGUUAAUGUGUAAAGAAUUUUGUCAGGCCAUCUUAAGUCAAAUAUUUUGUGCAUACAAGAAUGCUCUUAAUUCGUCUUUCAAGAUUAAGUGUAGAGUGUGUGGCCUAGUCUUUGAAGUCAUCUUGAGAAGUCAAAUUGAUCCUGUGUGGUCUAAUCCAGUCAGUGAACUUCUGAGGAUUAUCUAGAUUAGAAGUACUUCAUAAUCUUAAAUCUCAAAAGUGUUGCUGCUAUAUGCUACUACAUAUUUGUUAUGGAAUGCUAAGAGUGUUGCCGGCCAAAGCCUCAAUGGAAUGUUUCUAUGGCCUUUAUUUUUUACAAUAAAAAAGUAAAUACAUAAAGAA